UAGUGUCGGUUGUGAAAUCUAUCCAAGUCGCUGGUUAUGGGAAGUAGACCUUCGAGUUACUUUUCCCAGACAGUUUGGUGCGCACACUGCGCAGGAGUCAAAUAGUGAGCGUUCAACUGAAAGCAACAUCUAAUUAGUGAGAGUCAUUUACCGCAAGAAGCCUCCGUGUCGCUGUGUUGGUUACUACGCAUUAUAGGAAUUAAUUAAAGAAGACGCCCCUUUAGUUUCACCAACGCUAAAAGGAUUAUUCAAAUAUUUAACAAAGAUAAAACAAAUCUUUCUCCAUUCCCGGACGGAAGUGUGUUCUAUUUAUUGACUAACGCCAACUACUAGAAAGCAUACAUCGCAGUGUUUCACAAGUUUGGGUUGUGGAACACGCCUGUUGUUAUUUAAUUAGGCUAGACUUAGGUCUAUCAGUGGAUUGGAAUUUAUUUUCUCUCUUGCUUCUCAAUGCUUUGUGAGAUAAUAACGGUGUGUUGGCCACGGUAAAAAAAAACGGUGAGUGUUGCUGAGGACGCAAAACUUUUUUUAUUGAGACAUAUGGGCAUUUGUUGUUUUGGCCACCAUUUAAAAGGGCAUGUUAAAAGCCAAGUAGCCCUGAAUAAACACACAGGGUGUUAUAAGCUUUUGGCUUUUAGCCUACAAAGAGGGUUGCUUAACUGUUGAUGUAUUUCACCGGUGUAGUGGCACUGUUGUAUAAUGUAAUGGUGCGAAACUUGGUGUUCUGUAGUUCUAUCGUUGUACACUGUUCUGAGGCCAUGACGGCACAGUGACAACAAUGUUUCUAACAAUCAUUUGCAACAUUGUAGCAGCCAGGUUGUUUCAGUGCAGCUAUUAACGAUAGUUCACGGGGUAAUUGGUUGCAAUAGGCCUAUAAUUACCGAAUCUAGAACCAAAUAACCUUUCAAACAAAACAUAUCAAGGAAGCAUAAGGGACUUGACAUGCCCUAAGCAAUUAGAAAUCUAUAAAAGCAUAGUGUUAAUGAUAAAUCGUGAUAACCCACACUUCCUUAUUUAAGAAGGAAAUGUUUUCACUUGAAAUUGACAGUUGUAAGAUGGACAGAAACACAAUAGCCUUAUCAUAACAGACUACUGUGUUUAUCAUAACAGUCGAACGUGCUUGGCUGAUUCCCAGUGUCCUCUUUCUCUGACACCUGGUAGGCUAGUGAUAACGGAAAUCAGUUCACAGUUGAAGAGUGCGCUUCCUGACCCACGCCUGCCCUGACCUCUAAAUGCCGGGCAUAAACUCCACCACCGCCUCUCGCUAUGAGUCAGGCUGGGAGAUGGAGUACGAUCACUACCAACAUUACUUCUACGAUGACCACGAUCUGGACGAGACUUUCUCUAAAUCCACUGCGCCCAGCGAGGACAUAUGGAAAAAAUUCGAACUAGUACCGACCCCGCCCAUGUCCCCUAUCCGGACUUCGGAGGGGGCCGCCGGGGUCGGGGUGGUCUACCCUUCGCUGGGGGACAAACUCGAGUGGGUGUCCCAGUUUUUAGGUCAAGAGCACGACCAGGAUGUGCCGUGCAAACAGAGCCCCGCCGACGAGGCAUUGGGGAACCUGAGCUCCAUUAUCAUCCAGGACUGCAUGUGGAGCGGCUUCUCGGCUGGCAAGCAGCUGGAGAAAGUUGUCGGGGAGCGGCUUGCCUCCUGUCCGGUGUCGGGGCCGACCAAACUGUCCGUGCAGGCGUCGGGAGCUGGCAUCACCGCCGCCGGGAGGGCGCAGUGCGUGACGGUGCCAGUGGACGUGGCGGUUCCGGUUCUCGGUAGCCUGGCGACGGAUUACGUGGACCCGGCUGCUGUUCUCCCCUUCCCGCUAACCGGGGGACCGUUUAAGAAACCGGCGGUGUCCUCCGGUUCAGAGACCCACAAAGACUCAUCAGAUGAUGAAUCUAGUGAUGAGGAUGAGGAUGAUGAAGAGGAGAUUGAUGUGGUGACGGUGGAACACAAGCAGUACAAGCCCCGGCGGCUGGUCAACGGCACAGUUACCGGGGGGCGAGGCAGUGGGCUAAACAGGCGGACGCCGGUGACAAUCAUGGUCCGGACGGACACUCUGGACCCGUGUAUGAAACGCUUCCACAUCUCUAUCCACCAACAGCACCACAACUACGCAGCACCCUCCCCAGACACACACCCCGACACACACACACCCCCUAACCCCACCAGGAAGAGGGUCCGACACGAGCCCCCAAACUCUUCUCAUAACUUCUCUCACACCCAGCCACACCCGGCCCCGGCCUCCACAUCCAAUCAGAACUCUGAGAGCAAACCACAUGUCGCCGUAGCAACCGCUGGGUCGGAAUCACCCGACGCCAACACACCCUCCCCCUGUGGUUCUGCCUCUCCCCCAUCACCCUUUUCCCACCCCUGCAGCCCCCAGUCCUCCGACUGUGAGGACACAGACAAACGCAAGACACACAACUUCCUGGAACGGAAACGGCGCAAUGACCUGCGCUCUCGUUUCCUGACACUGCGGGAUGAGAUCCCCGGCUUGGCUGAGUGCCCCAAGACGCCCAAGGUGGCCAUCCUGACGCGCGCCACGGAGUACCUGGCACAGCUGCAUUCCAGCGAGCGCCAGCGGGCACAGGAGAAACGGCAGCUGAAGGCCAGGCAGCAGCAGCUGCUCCGCAGGCUGGCACAGCUCAAACAACGCCCCUAAACACACUGACUGGCAGGCUGGCACAGCUCAAACAACGCCCCUAAACACACUGACUGGCAGGCUGGCACAGCUCAAACAACGCCCCUAAACACACUGACUGGCAGGCUGGCACAGCUCAAACAACGCCCCUGAACUCACUGACUGGCAGGCUGGCAGAUCUCAAACAACACCCCUGAACUCACUGACUGGCAGGCUGGCAGAGCUCAAACAACGCCCCUGAAUGACUGGCAGUGACCUCUAGUCGAAGGAACCUACUCUUAACCAGGACUGAAUGAAAACCAACUGACUGGCAGACUGCUAGCAGCUAGCAUGGAGAGAGGCCUUUGGGAUGGGUCUGAACCCUGUAUUAUAAACCAGGACUGAGUCAAAACCAGGGAUGGAUCUGAACCCUAUAUUAUAAACCAGGACUGAGUCAAAACCAGGGAUGGAUCUGAACCCCAUAUUAUAAACCAGGACUGAGUCAAAACCAGGGAUGGGUCUGAACCCUAUAUUAUAAACCAGGACUGAGUCAAAACCAGGGGUGUAUCUGAACCCUAUAUUAUAAACCAGGACUGAGUCAAAACCAGGGGUGGGUCUGAAUGCUAUAUUAUUAACCAGGACUGAGUCAAAUCCAGGGAUGGAUCAGAACCCUAUAUUAUAAACCAGGACUGAGUCAAAACCAGGGAUGGAUCAGAGAGGAGUUUCUGACAGGAAAUGGAAUAUCUGCUUUCCAAGCUUGAGGUUGCCCUAUAAUAUUUGCAAACUGUGCAUCUCUUAUAUUUCCUGUUAUUGUCUGUAAGGCUAUAUGAUGAUGAGUGAAUCCAUUGAGCGUGAACUAUGUCCAGAUCAGCAUGGCAAUGUACAUAGACCGUCACGUGUGUCUCUCUCUCUCUCUCUCUCUCUCUCUUUGUGUGUCUCUCUCUCUCUCUCUUCUGCUCUCUCUCUGUGU